CUCGGCAAUCUCCACAAGUACCUCAAGUAUGCCCUGUGUAGACAACGCCGAUCGGAGUCCGGUAGCGAUUCAGUCCAGUUUCGAACACCAAGGCGGUCGCAAUGCAUCCGGAGCGCUCCGCCAGUCCAAGUCCAUCGAUACCAUUGGUAAUCGCAGGCGCCCUGCUCUUCUCGCUGCUGGCGCAGGUGAGCGGCUACUCGGGCCGGAUUCCACCGGAUGCAGAUAAUCCCGGGAAGUGCUUGUACCGCGGCGACGUCCUGGAGCUGGGGGUCAACAAUGGCAUAGCGCCCUGCCAGCGACUGACGUGCAACAAGGAUGGCUCCAUACUUAUCGAGGGAUGCGGCAAGCUGCGCAUCGAGAACUGCAACCGCGGCGAGCGAAUUUCUCCGGGUGAACCCUUUCCGGAAUGCUGCAAGCUGAGAUACAAGUGCAAGCAGAUCGGAGCGGCACCCUACUACAUCGAGCGGAAUACGGCGGAGAGGGUCUAGUGGGAUUAGCAGGGAUUAUGCAGGAUUAGCCACUGGGAGGAGCUAGCCACGUAGAGGACCACCGAAGCCAAGGACGCCAUGAGUCUUUCUUAGAUGCAACGUACAUAUAAUCAACAAUUUGCUAAUUUAUUUGUCAUCUUGUACUUCUCAAUAAGCACCAUGUUUUGUUUGUUUGUUUUUUUUUUUUAAU